UCUCUCUCUCUAUAAAUAACGCUUCACGCCCCCCCCCCCCUCCAUCUUCAACCAUCUUUCUCUACAAUUUCCAAACACACAAUAUAAUUCUCCCUCUUUCUAACAAUGGCGGCUAGCCGAGAGCCCUUCAACGUCUUACCGCACUCCGCCGCUCCGGCCGCUCAUCAUCAACAAUUACAGCAUGAGCAGCACUCCCCAUGGCAUUCCCCUGUUCCUUACUUAUUCGGUGGCUUGGCCGCUAUGUUAGGUCUCAUCGCUUUUGCCCUUCUAAUCCUCGCUUGCUCUUACUGGAAACUCUCCGGUUACCUAGAUGGUGGCGACUCUGCCAACCGAGAACCCGACUUGGAGGCCGCCGGCGACGACACCCAGAAACAAGCUUCCCCUGUUUUUGAAGAGAAAAUCUUGGUUAUCAUGGCUGGAGAAAUGAAGCCCACGUAUUUGGCUACACCCAUGUCUAGUAGAUCAUCUUCUUUUGGGGAUACCAAAAGUAAUAGUAGUUGUGGUAGUAAGGGCAGUAGUACCGGCGACAAGGAGGAGAAAUCGGUGGGUUUAACGGAGACGGUGAAACACAGCACAGCCGAUCAGGAGAAACAGAGUAUAGAAAACAGAGAAACUCCUGAAUCUUCAGAUCCGACGACCCAUUAACAAUUUUUUUUUUCUUUUUAAUUUGAUUUUGUUUUUGUUGGGCACUCAUAUGUGUGUCGUCGUGUUCCGCCAUUAAUAUAUAUAUAUAGACAUAGAGAGAGAGAGAGUGGACAGCUAGCUCGUAAUUUUUAAAGGUUUUGGGAUUUUUUUCCAUCAGAAAAAGCCUGAAAUUGAUGAAAAAAAAAAAAAAAUACGAGCUUUGCUAUUAAAUUCUUAACUUGAUGGAGAUUUUUUUCCCUCUCGGAAAUCUGUAAAUCUAUUAUGAGACGGAAUGAAUCCUUUUUCCCUCUUUCGAUGAA